AUGGAGAUUCUCUUGCUUUUCCUUCUGUUCCCAUCAACUCUUUCCUUUUUCUUCCCAUCUUCUGGCGGCUCAAACUGUGGAUGUACGUGUACUCCUCCUCCAUCGACAUGUCCUACAGUAACCCCAUGUGCUCCUAUAAUGACUUGUACUCCUUCUCCUCCACCAAAUUGCUGUAAUUCAUGUGGAACUUGUAAUGGAAAACGGAAGAGAAGGCAGUUGGCAAUGUUGAGUAAUGCGACAUACGUUGCUGAUCACGAAAGAGUAAGACGCGUCAAACGAGAAGAUGAUUCAGAUUCAACAGCAACUUCUUCUAGCAGAUGUAAUUCAGAAGAGCUUCGUAAAAUCAUCGAGAAUAAAAUUGAUCGUGUCACUGCGAUAGCUAAACGUAGAAUCCAAGAAGAAGCGGAGUCAACAAUGGGCGGUCGAUUCAACGUCAUUUGUGCCCGAGGAGACUUUUCGUAUGUGGCUAAUACAGAAUUAUUCUGUCAACAUUCUGUCGGUGAUGUCACUUGUUUCCUAUUCAAACAACUUUCUGAUGUGGUUAGAAGACGAUUGAUGUGA